AUCAGUUUGCGGUGAUGGAGGUUUUCAUGUCCUUGCUUUGUCUGUUUUUCCUUAUGAUACGAAUAUCGUUGUUUCCUCAAGCCCAGGCUCAGUCUCAGCCUUACAAUAACAUAACCCUCGGCUCUUUUCUUUCAUCUAUCGGCAAGCAAUCCUUCUGGACUUCUCCCUCCGGCGAGUUCUCGUUCGGUUUCUCAACCUUUGAUGGCAGCCUCUACGUUGGAAUCUGGUUCGAAAAGGUCUCGGGGAAGCCUCUGGUUUGGACCGCAAACAGAGACAGUCCGGCUCCUAGCGGCUCGACUGUGGAGCUCACAACUGAUGGGAGGCUUCUGCUCAAGGAUGAGAAUAAAGUAGUGCUCAUGACAAUUGCAAAUAGUUCGGAUGGUGAUGUUGGUUCUGCUGCCAUGCUUGAUAAUGGCAAUUUCAUCCUGCAGAGCCGGUCUGGGGAUAUCAAAUGGCAGAGCUUCGAGCAUCCAACAGAUACCAUCUUGCCCGAACAAUCUCUUGAUCCAGAAUCCGUGCUAUAUGCAGCAGCAUCAGGGACCGACAUCUCCACCGGAAGGUACUUCCUCAAGAUGCAGAGUGAUGGGAACCUCGUGAUUUCAUGGUCUGACAGCCCAACGGACGUCAGCAAUGAAGCGUAUUCGUCGAACACAGAGGGCACUCCUGGCCGGUUGAUGUUCGCUACCACUGGCGUUAUUUACAUAUCGAGACCGAAUGGCACAAGGGUGAACUUGACGCCCCCCGACCGGAUUCCCACGCCGGCAAAGGGUUUCUACCAAAGAGCUAAAGUUGGUUACGAUGGAGUCUUCCGGCAGUACAGUUACCCGAAGAACGACGAUGGCAACUUAGCACAGUCCUGGGGGACUGUUUGGAGCACUCAGGCUAAUCCAUGCUUUGUUCCAGGAAUCUGCGGGUUGAACGGAUACUGCUUCUUGAAAAAUGACGGGCAGGCAGAUUGCCUGUGUCCCAAGGGGUUCAAUUAUGUAAACCCAAGCAACAGAUUCAUGGGUUGUCGGCAGAAUUUCCCGGUGCAGGAAUGUCCUGGCCUUACCACCAACGAUUACGUCUUCGAGACGCUAGAAAACCUUGAUUGGCCCAAGGGAGACUUCUUGCAGAUGAACAAUGUGGAGGAGAGCAAGUGCCGGGAGGCAUGCCUCUCGGACUGUCUGUGCACUGUGGCGAUUUACAUGAGCAACACCUGCUGGAAAAAGAAGAUCCCACUGUACAAUGGUAGGAUCGACCUCGCGUUGGGUUCAAAAGUUCUGAUCAAGAUGCCAAAAGAAAACACUUCAAUGACGCCACUGCCAAACAACAAAAAUAUGGGAGAGACAAAGUGCAAGAAGGAUGCCAUGAAUCUGUCGCCUCUCAUUAUCCUAUUGUUCUUUAUACUUGGUGGAUCAGCACUCCUGAAUCUCUUCUGCGUUGUCCUUCUCGCCCUUCUCCGGCGCCGUCGGACGAAAUUGGGGAGGACCGAGCCAGGACAGAGUGACCCGGUUAUGAACCUUCGGAGAUUUACUUACAGGGAAUUGGAGGAUGCUACCUGUGGAUUCAAGGAACAACUUGGGAGGGGAUCUUUCGGAACUGUUUAUAAAGGAAUUCUUUCCCGGUUGGACGGUCAGAAGCCGGUGGCUGUAAAGCAACUGGAUAAACUGAUGGAAGACGGAGAAAAGGAAUUCAUGACAGAGGUAAGCGUGAUCGGGAGGACCCAUCACAAGAACCUCGUCCAGUUGCUUGGUUACUGUGAUGAAGGCUCACAAAGAAUGCUGGUUUAUGAAUUCUUGGAGAAUGGCUCACUCUCGAGCUUCCUUCUGGGGAGCAGAAGACCCAGCUGGGAGCAAAGGGUGCAGAUUAUCUUUGGUGUGGCGAGGGGGCUCACCUACCUCCAUGAAGAAUGCAGCAAUCAGAUCAUACACUGUGACAUCAAGCCCGAGAACAUACUUCUCAACCACAGUUUUGAGCCUAAGAUUUCUGAUUUUGGUCUGGCCAAGCUUCUGAUGAGUGAUCAGUCCCAUACACACACAAACAUCAGGGGAACGAAAGGUUACAUGGCUUCCGAGUGGUUCAGAAAGACAGCGAUAACCGCAAAGGUCGAUGUGUAUAGCUUUGGAGUUAUACUGUUGGAGAUCAUAUGCUGCAGGAAAAACGUGGAACUGAAGAAGAAGGAUGAAGAGUCUGCAAUACUGGUCUACUGGGCAAACGACUGCUUCAUCGAGCACCGAUUGGACAGGUUGGUGGAGAAUGACGAAGCAGCUCUGGAUGAUAUGACAAGGGUGGAGAAGAUGGUGAUGGUAGCAUUGUGGUGCACUCAGGAUGAUCCCUCACUGAGACCCACGAUGAAGAAAGUGGAGCAGAUGCUAGAAGAUGCAGUUGAGGUUGAGGUGCCCCCUUACCCCUCCGCUUCUGCACCUAAUUAAGUGACAUCUUUGGAGAUGGUUCAGUUUUAUCGCAUGGAUGGUUUUGGUGGAAAGAAGAGCA